ACAGUCAAGAAAAAAUAAAUCUACUAAGAAUUAUAAAAAGUACCCAGAAUUUUGCAUGUGUCCUGUGCGUGACAGUUUGUGGUGGAGAGUGAAUUGAUGUUGAUAAAGAAUGAAUGGGAGGGGAAGAAUGUUGUGUGAUGAUACGGGCAUGAUCAUAAAGAAAGGGCCAUGGAAAGCAGAAGAAGAUGAAGUUCUGAUUAACCAUGUUAACAAAUAUGGCCCAAGAGACUGGAGCUCCAUUCGAUCCAAAGGUCUCUUGCAACGCACCGGCAAGUCGUGCCGUCUCCGUUGGGUUAACAAACUCCGACCCAACUUGAAGAAUGGGGUGAAGUUUUCUGCAGAGGAGGAGAGAACAGUGAUAGAUCUUCAAGGACAAUUUGGAAAUAAAUGGGCUAAAAUAGCCACAUAUUUGCCAGGAAGAACAGACAAUGAUGUUAAGAAUUUCUGGAGCAGCAGACAGAAGAGGCUGGCAAGGAUUCUGCAGACUUCUGCACCAUCAUGCAAUAAGUCCAGGAAGAACAAGGAAAUCCAAGUCCCUCUUCUUGAUGGUGUUCCCUAUUUGGAGGCACCAAAAUUCAGCUUGUCGACAGAGGAAGAAUCAAUAAUCAAGUCACAAUCAUCCUCAUCAUCCUACAUUGAUUAUUCCGAGACAAUCAAAAUGGUGCCGUUACAAGGGUUGGUGUAUUCCGGUUCACUCAACUUUGAACAGAGCCCUUUUCAACUUGAGUUCACACCUGCCAUUGACAAGAAAUCAUAUGAAGAACAGCAAUUACAACUCUGCUUUCCUCAAAUUCCACAACUUCAGUCAGACUAUUCUUUGUCCCUAGAAAGCCAAGACUUCAUCACUAGACUUGGAGAUCCUAAUUUUUAUGAUGUCUUUGGACAAGGAAGUGGUACCGAACUGGGCAAUGGACCAUUUCCUAUAUUGCCAUCGUGUUUUGGACCAGAUGGAGGCUCUCAAACUACAGGACAGGGAGAAAAUCACAAUGCAGUAACCCCGGACAGUUUCAUCGAUGACUUCCCUCCAAUGGACAUGUUUAAUCACCUCGACCCACUUCCAAGCCCAUCACAAUGGUGACGAUUCAAUCUUAAGAACUGUGUCAGUAGUUAGAUUUUCGAAUUUAGAUUAAAAAAGUAUCCAGUUACAUUAUCGACUAGUUAUCACUAUUUCUUUUGUACCAAAAAGGACGUUCUAACAGGUAUUGCCUCAUGGGUUCAGGCUUGUUUAACAGCUAGAC